AGGCCUUGUACCGUGUUGAAUGCGGUAUAUGCGUAUAUUUAUAACUUAUAAAUUGCUUGUGUACACGGCUCCUGGGCCCAGUUAUAUGAGAUAUAUGCCAACCUUACAAAGGAGCAGUCAUAUUACGUCGCCAAGACGAGCAGAACAAUACCGAUACCCGAUUACAUCGAUUUCACGCGUCGUUUAUUCGUCAACAGACACUGCACAAACAGCUCCUGGAAGUCAUACGCCCGGUGUACAGGUGCGCCAUUACACAUCGAGGGCCUGUACGUUUAUAUUGCAACCACAGUGCACACGAGCGGGGUGAUUCGUGGAUUCGGUGUAUAAGAUGGACAGCCAAUUCCCAAGGGCUGAUGGUCAUCGUCAAGCAACUACGUCUUUGAGGAUCCCCAAAAUACCCCAACAGAGAUGGCAGGGUGUAAGAGAUGCCGGAGUCACUCCAAACUUUGUUUUCUUGACUUUGGGAUUCGGGGAGUUAGGGCGGAAGGAAAUAAUCUGACUUCUGAGGAUAUAAUGGAGAAAUUAGCCGAGCAUGUCAACGCAUUUUUGAAGAGCGAUUAUUGCUGCUUUGCUGCUGCGAUUUUAUCACAUGGCGAAAACGGUGGCGUACUGGGCACAGAUGGCAACUUUGUUGUCUUUAAGGAAAUCAAGGAUAUUUUUGGUGAUCACUUGAUCACAUCGCAUACAGACAAACCAAAGCUGUUCUUUAUUCAGGGCUUGUCAGAAAGGCGGAAGGUGCCACUUCGACGGAAGUGCCUACCUAUCACAUCUGGCCCAUUUCCCCUAGAAGCGCACUUUUACUGGAGCCUUUGCAACCGUGCCAGGUUACCCAGCAAUGAGAGACGAAGAAGAAGGGUCGUAUUUCAUUAAAUGCCUUGUGGAUGUAUUCGCAAACUAUGCAAGGGAAUACGAUUUGGGACAAUUAAUGGAUAAAGUAAAUAAACCAUUGAUAUUCUCAAUAUAUUUGUAUACAGAGCCUAACUUACCCCGACAUAUUUCUACUGAUCUGAUCACAAACAAAAGCUACCUUGCACGGUUGAUUUGCCAUGUGAUUGGCCGUUGGUCAUAGAUUCCUUGAAGAUUUGGUCCAGGUGGGCGAUUG